AUGAUGGGGCUUCUCUCAUCUCUACCCCUGGACCUGGCUCCUUCCCUGGGUAUCCUCUUAGUCCUCCUAUCCCGCCCGCCUGCCCUUCCACACCAGGGGCCCCUGUUACCCCUCCUCCUGCCCCUCCUCCUGCCCCUCCUCCUGCCCCUCCUGGCUGGGGCGUUCGAAGCCCCUGAGGACCGGGAGAACGUCUUCACGCACCGCGCCUGCCCGGCCUUCCUGGUGUUUGACAACGCGGCCUACCUGGCGGGCAUGACCCUGGAGCUGCCCUGCCACUGCAAGCCGGAGCAGGCCCUGGAGGUGGUGUGGUACUACCAGAGAGAGCUGGGGGACCGCGGAGCCACCAAGGUGCUCACAGACCUGCACGGCACCGCCCUGGUCGAUUCCCAGCAGGUGGGCCGUGGGGGAGACCUGCGAGGGCGCUUCUCCAUCCGUCUGUUCAGCCUGCUGGUCUUCAGGGCCCAGCCGGAGGACUCAGGGCACUACCUCUGUGGCACCGCCGCCGGAGACUUCUUCUAUGGUUACGACGUGGACGUGCAGGAGGCCCAGGGGGUGGUCCUCCAGGGGAGGGAGGCCAGGCAGAGACGCCGGCGGCUGAAGAAGAAGAACACGCCUCACCCACCUCAAAACCACCCGCCUCAGAACCCCCUGUCUCAGAACCACCCAGCUCUCUACCAGGUGUUCACCAGCUACCGGGCCUGGUCUCUGUGUGACCGCUGUGGCCAGGCAGGGGAGCAGACCAGAGUGGGGCUGUGCUACGUCCGGAGCCCCUACCUCCACGUACGUUACCGAGGCAACGACCCCAACGUGGUCUCCUGCCACUCGGGGGCCGUCCCCCGGAUGUUGGGCCUGACCCGAGAGGGGGGAGGACCCGCCCUGGGCGCCACGCUGGCGGUGCGGAGGUGCGCGGUCCCCUGCCCCCUCCCCAGGCCCCCUCCACCCCCCCAGAAGCUGGCCCUGUGGAAGUUCCUGGGUUAUGGUCAGAGGCAGGGACUCAGAGACUCCAUCCCCAUCUACCACUACAACCACCCAACCUCCACUCCCCUGGUCCUGGCCUGCCCCGGGGCUGGACCCCAGCACGCCGUGGCCUGGGACGUGGGCUCGUCCCCCAUCUACCGCUUCCAGCACAUGGAGGGGCUCAACAGGACGUCCCCGCGCCUGUUCAUCGACCCAGGCCACCACCUCCACCUGAACCCCGCCCUCCAGGAAGACUCAGGGUCGUACUACUGCUGGCUGCAGGGCCGCAGGGCUGCAGAGAUCAGGCUGGUGGUGUACCUGGGUUUAGGCCACCGCCUCGGACUGUCCGACCCAGACAGGGCUGAGGCUCUCUGGGUCAUCCUGCUCUGCUACGCAGGCCUGACUGGAGCCUUCACCCUGACGCUGCUGGGCAGGACGGCCCUCAGGCCCACACCACACCAGUACUAGACCUGACCUUCUUACUCUCCUAGAAACACAUUUCAGAUUAACGUGUUUAGAUCACGCUCACGUUUCCACACAUUAAACAAUGAGAGAUU